UAAACAACAAAACCAACAAAACAAAAACACUUACAAUAAUCGUGUGCAAAUAUAUACAUAGUAAACAAAUAUAAACAAUGGAAGUGCUAAAUGAUCCAAUCGACCAAAAGGCAAUGGUAUUAUGCUGCAUUUGUGGCCUUGGUAUAGAACCAAAUCCAGCCAAUAUGUGCGUGGCAUGUUUGCGUACUCAAAUUGACAUUACAGAAAACAUUCCAAAACAAGCUACGGUUCAAUUUUGUAAGGGCUGCGAAAGGUACCUGCAGCCACCUGCGGAAUGGGUUCAUGCAUCCUUGGAGUCAAAGGAGUUGCUGACGCUGUGCCUGAAAAAAUUAAAAGGCCUGAAUCGUGUGAAAUUAGUCGAUGCUGGAUUCGUAUGGACAGAGCCUCAUUCGAUGAGGUUGAAGGUGAAGCUAACAGUCCAAGCAGAGGUAAUGAGCGGAGCAGUUUUGCAGCAAGUAUUCGUAGUCGAAUACGUUGUAAACACGCAUAUGUGCGAUGACUGCCAUAGAAUAGAGGCAAAAGAUUAUUGGCGUACUUUGGUACAAGUACGACAACGGUCGAUGAAUAGAAAGACGCUUUACUACUUGGAGCAGUUAAUUCUAAAAUACAAAGCGCACGAACAAACUUUAGGCAUAAAACCUAUUCACGAGGGCUUGGACUUUUUCUUUGCCAACGAAGCAGCUGCAAGGAAAUUGGUCGACUUCCUUACGAGCGUAGUACCGUGCCAUUACAGUCAUUCGAAAAAAUUGAUUUCGCACGAUAUACAUAGCAAUAUCUACAAUUACAAAUUUACGUACUUUGUAGAAAUAGUUCCUGUAUCGAGGGACAGCGUAGUGUGUCUUCCAAGAAAGUUGAGCCAUCAGUUAGGAGGAAUCAAUCCCAUUUGCUUGGUGUACAAGAUCACAAACUCUGUUCAUUUGAUAGACGUAUCCAGCGGACAAGUUGCAGAAGUGAGUCCCACUGUCUACUGGAGGCACACGUUUAACAGUAUUUGCGAUCCGAAACAGUUGAUUGAGUAUACAGUGAUGGAUAUCGAACCACAGAUGUUCAAGGAUAGGAAAUUCUUUCCAGGACAAGGAACGAUAUCCCACAAGCACACUAUAGCGGAUGUUUGGCUGGUUAAAAGUAGCGAGUUGGGAAUUAAUGAUAAUUUAAUUCAUACACGUACUCACCUUGGUCAGAUAUUGAAGCCAGGUGACACUGCUCUAGGCUAUGCUCUCAAUGAUAGCAACAUCAACAACGAAAAUUUCGAGAUGUUGAAUAAGGAUUCUGUGCCGGAUGUGAUUUUAGUGAAGAAGAAUUAUACGCACGACAGAAUUGCUCGGCGCAAAAUGAGAGCGUGGAAACUGAAACACAUGAUAAACGAUGAAGACAACACGACUGCUGAUAAUAAUGAGUACUAUGAAUUUUUGGAAGAAAUUGAGGAAGACCCAGAAAUGAGAAGAAAUAUAAAUAUCUUCAGGGAUCAUAUGAAAACAAUUCCAGUGAAUACUGGCGAAGAUCCUGGUUGUCCGCAAGUCACCCUUGAGGAAAUGCUUGACGAUCUUACCAUAGAUGAUACAGUGGAGGUAUCGAUGACCUUGUAGUGGGAGCUUUUAAUAAAAACAAUGAUGUACCGCAUGUUUACUGUGAUUAUUCGAUACAAUUUCAUAAUAUUGGUGAUUAUUUAAAAUAUGUCAUUGUUACGCCGUCUAUGAACAUGGAAAUAAACAUAACAGCAAUU